UUGCAGAAACGACAGCAAGCUAAUGUCAACGAAGAGGCUAACGCAGCGAACGUUAUCAAGGCUAGCUUCGGACAGCUACAACGUAGUUUCAAUUUCGUGGCGGGAGGCAGGAGGUGUGAGCCAAGAGGACCAGACGCCAGCAGCAUGUACUCCGAGUGGCGCUCGCUGCAGCUGGUGGUGCAGAGCGACCAGGGUCACCUCAGCGUCCUGCACACCUACCCUCCCAGUGUGGGCACAGAGGUGGCAAAUGCAGUGGUCAAGCCUCUAGGCACAGCAGUGAGCCCUUUGGCCACAGAAAACAUCCUCAAAUCAGACAAAGAGGUGAAGUGGACCAUGGAGGUGCUGUGUUAUGGCCUGACCCUGCCCUUAGAGGGCGACACUGUCAAGCUGUGUGUGGACGUGUACACAGACUGGAUGAUGGCGCUGGUGUCACCCAAGGACUCCAUGCCCCAGCCUGUGGUGAAGGAACCCAAUAUGUACGUCCAGACCAUCCUGCGUCAUCUCUACAACGUAUUUGUGCCAAGGCCUGAGCAGCACAGUCUGAACCACAUCAGGCUCUGCCAGCAGGUUCUGACGGCGGUUCAGAAGCUGGCACGAGAGUCUGUCUCCAUGGUGAGGGAAACCUGGGAGGUGCUGCUGCUCUUCCUGCUACGCAUCAACGACACUUUGCUUGCUCCUCCAUCGGUUGGCGUGGGCGUAGCAGAGAAACUGGCAGAGAAGCUGAUGGCAGUUCUGUUUGAGGUGUGGCUUCUCGCAUGCGCCCGCUGCUUUCCCACGCCGCCAUAUUGGAAGACCGCAAGGGAAAUGCUGUCCAACUGGAGACAUCAUCCUCCUGUUGUAGAGCAGUGGAGCAGAGUAGCUUGUGCUCUGACUUCAAGGCUGCUGCGCUUUACUCACGGACCGUCCUUCCCACCUUUUAAAGUUCCAGAUGAAGAUGCCAACUUGAUUCCCGUAGAGAUGGACAACGACUGUGUGGCACAGACGUGGUAUCGCUUUCUCCACAUGAUCGGCAACCCGGUGGAUUUGAGCAACCCAGCCAUAGUGAGCACCACUCCAAAGUUUCAAGAGCAGUUUUUGAUCUCCAGUGGGAUUCCUCAUGAAGUAGUUCUGCACCCGUGUUUGAAACAGCUACCCCAGAUCUUCUUCAGGGCCAUGAGAGGCAUCAGCUGUCUUGUGGAUGCAUUCCUAGGUAUAUCACGACCAAGGGCGGACAGUGCCCCGCCCACCCCAGUGAACAGAUUGAGUAUGUCUCCGCCCCCCUCCGUCGCCAACACUACACCACCACACAGCCGCAAACAGCGGCAUGCGGUGGUCACGAAAACCACCAGCAAGAGCUCAACUGUAAGUCUGACUGUUACACACAGCCAUAACGUACAGUUGGGUUAUGCUAGGGGAGUCCAACCAAUCCUAGAUCUAUGGGCUGAGCCCGACCGAGAAUGUGGGCCGAAUUGGGCGAGAAUAUUAGCUUGAUUGUUGGGCUCGGGCUUCUGAGGAGCGUUUAAUAAACGUGCAAUACAUUCAAGAAAAAAACAAACCAGAACUCACAAGAUAAAGUCAUGUUAACCUGCUGAUUAUAGUGUAAAUAGAGGAGUAGCUAGCUUAACCUGUUGAAGAAAUGAAGAAAGUAAGCAGGGUGCAGGAAGUUAAUCAUUCUGUAACAAGCACAGUGCACUGCAUGCACACCCUGCUCCGCUCCUAUCAAUCACACAUCCCAGAUGAUUUG